CAUGAGCUUGACGUUUCAACUUUAACAUGUGUCUGUAAACCACGACGCAAAUAGUAAACUCCAGCCAAGGAGUUUGUUGAAACUCCUUGCUCCAGCGAAGAUGAAGCUUUCUCCCAGGGAGUUGGAAGGUCUUUUGGUCCAUCAAGUAGGGGCUUUAGCCCAGAAGCGUCUUGCACGAGGAGUUCGGUUGAAUUAUUCGGAGGCUGUGGCGCUUAUAGCUAGCCAGACUCAGGAACUGGUGCGUGAUGGGACACAUUCUGUGGCUGAGCUGAUGAGCCGAGGAAGAGAGAUGCUGGGAGUUCGUCAACUUCAGCCAGGUGUACCAGGUAUGAUCUCCCAGGUCCAGGUAGAGGCCACCUUCCCUGAUGGAACUAAACUGAUUACAAUCCAUGCCCCAAUCUGCAGACAGGAUGGUGACCUGGAGCUGGCUCUGUACGGCAGCUUUCUACCAGUACCCAGCCUGGACAAGUUUACCACACAAGAAGAUGAGGUUGUCAAUGCAAAGACUGAUGCGCCCAUGACAGUGAUUCCAGGGGAAGUUCUGGCUGAAAGUGAGGCUGUGGUCAUUAACUCUGGCCGCAGACAGACCUCGCUGACCGUGACCAGCUUGUGUGAUAGACCAAUACAGAUUGGAAGCCAUUACCACUUUCUGGAGGCCAGCAAGUACCUGCGCUUUGAUAGGGAGGCUGCAUACGGAAUGAGACUGAAUAUUGCAGCCGGCACUGCCAUAAGGUUUGAACCAGGGGAAAGUAAAGAUGUCUGCCUGGUAGAAAUUGCUGGAAACAGGGUAGUGAGAGGAGGUAAUGGUUUAGGCAGUGGUCUUGUGGAGCCAGAGAACUUACCAGAGGUGAUGAAGAGAGUUCACUCACAAGGAUUUAAUCAUGUAGAUCAGCCAAGUGCCAAGAAAAGCAAGGUGCCCCCUGCAGAAGGUUCCCCAGUUUCUAUUCCAAGGCAACUCUACACUGCCAUAUAUGGUCCAACUCGCGGGGACAAGGUUCGCUUAGGGGACACUAGCCUAAUUGUAGAAGUUGAGCGAGAUUUCACAAGUUAUGGGGAUGAGUUGAAGUUUGGUGGUGGCAAGGUGAUCAGAGAGGGGAUGGGUCAGGCGGCCAGGGUGACCAAUGACCACGCCCUGGACACUGUCAUUACCAACGCCCUCAUUGUGGACGCCAUCGUGGGGAUUGUGAAAGCUGAUGUCGGCAUUAAGGAUGGUAUGAUAGCUGGUAUAGGGAAGGCAGGUAACCCAGAUAUCAUGGAUGGAGUGACACCAGGCAUGGUAGUUGGAGUAGGGACAGAGGUUAUUGCAGGAGAAGGCCUGAUACUUACUGCAGGUGGCUUGGAUGCUCAUGUCCACUUCAUAUGUCCACAACUGGCCAGAGAGGCCAUAGCCUCAGGACUGACCACCAUGUUUGGUGGAGGGACAGGGCCAGCAUCUGGGUCAUGUGCCACAACUUGUAGUCCUGGCCCAAAUCACAUCAAGUAUAUGAUCCAGAGCACAGAUGCCUUCCCACUGAACUUUGGCUUCACUGGCAAGGGCAACACCUCCAACAGUGAGGAGAAUGUAGAGGAGCUGGCUGAACAGAUACGAGCAGGAGCUAUAGGACUAAAGUUGCACGAAGACUGGGGAACCACACCAUCUGCCAUAGAUACAGCUCUGAAAGUGGCAGAGAAAUAUGAUGUCCAGGUGAUGAUCCACACUGACACCCUGAAUGAGUCUGCCUGUGUAGAGGACAGUAUUGCAGCAUUUAAAGGGAGAACUAUUCACACGUAUCACACAGAGGGCGCUGGUGGUGGCCAUGCUCCUGACAUCAUCAAGGUGUGUGGAGAGGCCAAUGUUCUCCCAUCCUCCACCAAUCCCACAAGACCUUUCACCAAGAAUACUGUGGAUGAACAUUUGGAUAUGUUGAUGGUGUGCCAUCACUUAGAUCCAAACUUGAAAGAAGAUGUGGCCUUUGCAGAAUCCAGAAUUCGUGCUGAGACUAUUGCAGCAGAAGACAUCUUACAUGACAUGGGAGCUAUCAGCAUGAUGGCAUCAGACUCUCAGGCAAUGGGCAGAGUAGGGGAGGUGAUCACCCGGACAUGGCAGACGGCAGAUAAAAUGAAGCAGUUCAGAGGCAGACUGACAGUAGAGACAGGUGACAAUGAUAAUAUCCGUGUCCGGCGUUACAUUGCCAAGUAUACCAUCAACCCAGCUGUGGCCCACGGCAUGGGGAAACUGAUAGGAUCAGUGGAGUCUGGUAAACUGGCAGACUUGGUGUUAUGGCAGCCUGCAUUCUUUGGAGCCAAACCCGAGAUCAUUGUGAAGGGCGGCCAGAUAGCCUGGGCACAGAUGGGCAUGCCCAAUGCAUCCAUUCCUACACCAGAGCCAGUGAGACAAAGGAAGAUGUUUGGAGCUUACGGAAAGUCUGUGGGAGCCAACUCCGUGAUCUUUGUAUCCAAGGCCUGUGCUAAGAGUGGGGUGACAGCUACAUAUGGGAUCAGUAAGAAAGCUGUGGCUGUGGACAGCUGUCGAGGUCUGACCAAAGCUGCCAUGGCAUUUAAUGAUUUACUGCCCAAGAUAACAGUUGACCCUGACUCCUACAAAGUGACAGUGGAGACAGCUGAUCAUCCUGAGGGACAACACCUGACCUGUCCUCCUGCCAACAGACUGGCUCUGGCACAGAGAUACUUUAUUUUCUAACCUGUCCUCCUGCCAACAGACUG